GGUUUUCCCUUCUAAUAUCUUGUUUCUAAUCUCUCUCUCUCCCUCUCUCUCUCUCUCUCUAUUCAUAAUUUCAUAUUUCGUUUCUCCGUCUCCAGCAGAGACACUUCGUCCUCUUCUUUCUCUCUCUGCCAUGGUCCUGUACAUCCGAAAGCGAAACCAGUGCUCAAAACCGCUGGCGGAUUUUAGAUAUUGAGAAUGGGGAAGACCACCAAGUGGUUUCGAGGACUGUUAGGGGGAAAGAAAGCAGAGCCGCCGGCCGGGGCCGGUGUGUCAGGGGGAAAGCCGGCGAAGGAGAAGAAGAAGUGGAGUUUCGUCAGAUCUUUCAGGGACAAGGAGCGUGCUGUGCCAGCGACUGUGAAUGGGGGAGAAAGGAAGGGGUCGUACAGGGAAGGAGCUUCGUGUUCGUACGUGGACGGUGUUGAUCAGAACAAACACGCUAUAGCCGUUGCCGCGGCAACUGCUGCUGUGGCUGAGGCCGCAGUAGCCGCAGCCCAGGCCGCUGCCGCGGUUGUGAAAUUGACGAGUAGUGGGCGGUGCGCCACCGCGUACGUUAGCAGCAACAGUGGGAGGAGAGAAGUGUGGGCUGCUGUUAAGAUUCAAGCAACUUUUCGAGGUUAUCUGGCGAGGAGGGCUUUGCGGGCAUUGAAGGGGCUGGUGAAGCUUCAGGCGCUGGUAAGGGGCCACAUUGUUCGAAAGGGGAUGGCAGAGCAGUUAAGGUGUCUGCAGGCGCUGGUACGAGCCCAGGCACGAGCUCGAGCGGGUCGAGUCCUUGGCUCUGAAACUCGGCAUACCUACAGCAAGCACUCACUCUCUCACCACCCUGGCCCUGCAACCCCUGAGAAAUAUGAACAUUCAAUCCGGGCCAGCAGUACCAGAUAUGACCGGACUUCGACACUCAGGAGGAACAGCCCAAAGCCAAAUAACUGGGACAUAAACAACAAUGAAAAAGCACACGGAGGUCCAAAUUGGUCCUUUCUGAGAAAUGGGCCGACGGAUGAUGAGAAAAAUGACAAGAUCCUUGAAAUAGAUACCGGAAAACCUCAUCUGAACUCAAGGAGGCAUAACAUACACACUUUGGCCUCAGAUAGGAACAGUCAAAGCUUCACCACCACAUUGGAAUCACUGUCAAAGGACUCUGCCACAGCUCAGCUGUCGAUUCCGAGCCCAUCAUCCGGUGAAGUACAGUCUUUGAGCCCUCUGAAGUUCUCCUACGAGGUUGAUGACAGUGCUAGUAACAGCCCUCAGUUUCUUUCUGCGUCUUCGCGGCCUGGUAGUGCCAGGAGAGGCCCCUUCACGCCAAGUAGGAGUGACUGCUCCAGAAGCUUCUUGAGUGGGUACAGUGACUAUCCUAAUUACAUGGCAAAUACUGAAUCAUCCAAGGCCAAGGUCAGAUCCCUUAGUGCACCCAAGCAACGGCCCGAGUUUGAGAAGUCUAGCUCGACCAAAAGGUUUUCUGUUCAUGGGCCUGGCUUGGGGGAUUCCAGAUCAAGUUCACAGAGGGCUUCGGUUCUGCACGCCAACUUCACCAGCAAAGCGUACCCUGGUUCAGGGCGGUUGGAUAGGCUUGGAAUGCCAUAUCGUGGGGAUUCUGUUGGCUCUAGUGGUGUAUACCGCAACAGAUACUAAUAUUUGUCGUGGAAUCAAAGUUUUUCUGCUUUUUGUUUUUAUGGCUUCUUGUGAAUUGGGCUUGGAUCAUGCUCACUGUUGAGUCAAGACUUGUGUGAUCUUUUAAUCUAUACCAGAUUGAGCUUGUUGUUGGUUGCUAAUAACUGGGUUCUACU